AGGUACUGUGUGUAGGACUAGCGUGUAAGUAAGUAAAAGUGACGAUUCAAUUGUAACAGGAAACAGGGCAGAGCUUAAAGAAAACGAACUGGAUAGUAGAGAUACAAAUUCGUAUCAUCAUGUCGUCUUUCACAUUCAAAGAUUCGAGUAGGGCUGGAACGACCUCAAAUAGGCCUCCUAGAGGGCUAGGUGCCGGUAAUGAAGGCGGACCUAACCAACGAAGGCCAAGGGGUAGGCCAAACUACAACUAUAGGCAGAGUGAUGAAAUUAUGGAAACUGAUAAUUCAGUGACAAACAUACACUCAACAAAUAUGACAGAAAAUCGUUACCCAAGAGUUAGUACUUUAAGAGGUGGGCCAUAUUUGAGAGCUAUGGACAACGCUUUAAGGUUUUGGCAAAGACCUGGGUCAACUGAGAUUUUAAGGAAAGAGCUUUUAGGAACAUUCACAAAUAUGCUGCCGCCUCUCUCUUUUUUAGAAUCUGAAGCAGUCUGUGAUGAAGGUAAAAAAUCAAACACUGAAUGUAAGCCAAUGCGCACUAUGAACGAUUGGUCACUAAUACCUCGUAAUUCUACACUUCAGACAACAGAUUUCUCACAUGAAAUGGACUCUGAAAAUUCAACCAAUAGUGUUGACUUCAGAAAGAGAAAAUCGCCAAAUAAUGCAAAAGCAAGUUAUAAAAGAGAGAAUGAUAAUGUAAAAGGAAAUGAUUAUGUUAACACGAAUAACAAUAUGUCAGAAAAAACUGAUAACAGACCUGUUGGGUACCCAAGUUCCAAUAUUGAGUUACGGUCAAGAAUGAAUGCUUUAAAAUCCAAAGCAUCUCUAAAGGUAAUGAGAAAAGUCACUAAGGAAAGUUAUGAAAGAGAGAAUGAUUAUGUAAAAGGAAAUGAUUAUGUUAACACGAAUAACAAUAUGUCAGAAAAAACUGAAAACAGACCUGUGAGGAAACCAAGUUCCAAUAUUGAGUCACUGUCAAAAAUGGAUGCUUUAAAAUCCAAAGCAUCUCCAAAGGUAAUGAGAAAAGUCACUAAGGAAGAAAGAAUCACUAUAAUGAACCAACAUGGUUUUGACACAAAUGUUUUAAAUCGACCAAGUUCUUCCAACGGUGGAAUAUCCCAUAGAGCAACGCCUCGCAUUAGGCAUAACCUAACUGAACUAAACGAGGAUCUUUCUGUAGGUAGUUCUGAACAUAAUCAUGGUGACUAUGUGAAGCGUGAAAAUGUUAAAUCAAAAAAUGCACUACUUAAGGAGACGGGCUUUACAGGUGGGAAACAGCUCAACAUCAACCGCCCUGUAAGAGAUUCUAAUGAACGAGUCCCUACUCGCGCUGAAGCGUUGAAUAGAAUCGAAGAGCGGUAUGAAGUUGAAAGAGCCAUACACGAAGAAAAGAAGAGAGAGAAAGAGGCAAAGAAAAGAGAAGAGUAUUUGGCCAGAUAUAAACACGUUGAUCAGGGUCACCGUUUGAGCGAUGAUCUGUUAGAUGAAGCCGCAGGUUAUGCUGUGGAUUAUAAGCCAAAGGAAUCUCUGGAAGAGGUUCGGAAGCGACAACAAAAGCACUUCAACAACAUCGCUUUAGUUUUUCAAGAGGAACAAAGAAAGAUAGCAGAGAAACAAAAACUGUUGGAUGCUGAAAAGGCGUUAAAAAAGCUGGAAGAAUAUUCACAGAAUAUCGACGUUGGCUAUAGGCUCGGUCGGGGGGAUGGCAACAGACCAGCUCCCAAUUACUUAACUGCUGAGACUUCAAAAAAUGAGCAUGCAAAACCAAAAGAGAGAGUGGGAACCAAUUCUCCAUCUUCCAAGCAGCAGCAGAAAAACAACCUAACUGAAAAUAAACUUCCUGAAUCGGUGUUUCAAAGAGAGCCAAAUGAACAAAAACACAACAUGACCCAAGAGCAUCUGGAUCAAAAUAGCCACUGUCUGGAAAAGAGUGUUAAGAAAUCGGAAAACAAUAACAUACCAGUACAUCAGGAAACUGGCUUUGAAGUAGACAAAGACAAUAAUUUAGCUGUGGGUUACAACCCAAAUGAGACUUUUGAAGAGGUACUGAAGCGACAGCAUGAACAACUCAAAAACUUUGCAAGAAAGGGAAGAGAGAGUUGUAAUCUAGAAGAGAAGGGAGUGGAAAAUUUGGAAAAUAAUAUAGAUUGUGAAAUUGGCUUUGAACUAGACCCAGACGAUAAUUCAGAUGAACAAAGGUGUGUAAGGCAGGUAUUGGAGGUCUUGGAUGACGACGAGGACGUCCCGAAUAAUGAGAGACCGGAUCUUCAAGCUCCCAUAAGCCCCGAGUUGAUGCUAGAAGGUGAAACGGAAGAAGAAUUUCUUCAAAGGCAAGAAGAGCAGUUGAUUAUUGAAGCAAUGUUACUAAGUCAAAUAGAGUUUGAAACAAAACAGAAAGAGAAAUUGCAAAAGAAUUCAGCUCCAAGUACCCCUGGCCAGGGAAUUAAAAAGGAAGAGAAAAGAGAAUGCACCGGAUGUAUUAAAGUGAGAGAAGCCAGAGCCAAAGAUCUCCAGACAAUCGUAUCAGAAGAGAAGAUUCAGAAUUUCGGACCAGCAACGAGACAACCAGGAGCAGACACGACAAAGGGAGCAAUUCCUAAAAAUAAGGUUACAACAUUUCCUAAUGUAACCGAAAAGAAUGAAAAUGAUACAAAAAUACACAAUGAAAAUGAAAAGAGUGUGAAUGAUGGAGCUGUUCAAAACAGAGAUUCUGUGCGGGAAGCUCACCGUCAGUUGAAUAUGAGUAAACUGCUGGACAAAAUUGAGGAAAGCGCUUCCACAAAUAAUGUGUCUCAGGCAAAUACUGUACCUCAACAAAUACCUGGGGAGAGCUCAAAACCUUCUGGUGUAGAACCUGCAAGCUGUGUUUUGAGAAAUAAAAAUGGAGCUGUGUUAGUAUUGCGUCCUACGCCGCAACAGCUCAACCAAGCUUUGGCUCAGAAACUUGAAGUGCAAGAGGAGAUGGACAAGCAAGGUUCAUCCAUUCACUACAAACCAACACCUGAACAGGUGCCACUUUAUUACAACAACCGAUUUGACAUCAACCAACGUUGUGAUGUUGCUAAUCAAACUAGUGCUGUACCAAAGAAUGAUUCACGUUUAGCCGAUGUGCCUGCGACUGUGAAAUCUGCUGGUGCUCCGUCCAACGGAGAAAACAUUAAGGAAGAUACUCCUUAUGAUCAUCAGGCCGAGUUGAGAGCUGCGAGACUGAGAUUCCAAAAGAAGUACGAGGAAACCCUCAAGAAGUUACAGGGAGAAAAAAAUAACCAAUAAAACUUAACCAUGAGACUGAUUUGAGUGCCUUUAAAAAUAACAUAGAAUAAACGGGGAAAACAGGACCUGAAAUAUGACUUCCUGAAAUUUAGACAUCCUUAGUGUGGAUACUUUUAUGUAUUUAAAAGGCAAUAGGUUACAUAAAGUUACACCAAAUAAAGUUACAUUUUCAAAGUGUUUUACGGAGAGAAGAAUAUUUUGUUUUCUUUAUUUUUUGUUAGUUAGUUUUUAUCAUUAUGAUAUCUGCAUAAGGUGCUGUUUUUAUAUCUAUCUAUUAUGUCUAGUCUUAAUACCAACAUACUUAUAGUGCUUAUGGUUUAUUUUACUUUCACAGUGUUUUGAAUAAUAUAUUCUUAAUGUCAUUGUUAUGAAUAAAUUGGAGUUUGGAAGUAAAACGUCAUAGUUUGAACAAUGGCAAAUUAUUGAAAGUGGCUUUAGAAUAAAUUAAUAACAGUUUUUGUUGUUUGGCAAAUUGGCAUGUAAAAUGCUACUAUUGCUCAGUUCAAUUUAAUUAGCAACAAAAUAACAUUCCUUCUUAAAAGAAGAACUGUGAAAUGUUUGUUGAGUCAAAUAAUGGCUUCCCUCGAAGAUACAUUAGACCUUUUGUGUGUUUUUCUCAAGUGCCAUCAUUUCAAGUCUAUUAGAUGAUAUGUUUUGAUAGAAACAUUAUAUUACAUGAUGAGCUGUCAUUAACUCUGUAACUAGAAAUUACUGACAUUAACCUUCGCUUCUUAGUUUAAUAUGGUUUAUUUUAUAUACAGGGUGUUUUUUUAAAAACUU